GGGCAAGGGCUGAGCAAACAAGGAGGUCAAAGAUUGCGCAGUGCCCGCGCGCGCGGGGAUAAAGGGGCGCGGGCGCGGACAGGGGACACACCAGCCGCUCCUGAGCGCCCAAGGAUGAGGCUCGCCUUCAGCGCGCUGCUGGCCUGCGCGGCCCUGGGACUGUGUCUGGCUUCCCCCGACCUGACCGUGAGAUGGUGCACCACCUCAAACCAUGAGGCCAGCAAGUGCGCCAGCUUCAAGAAAGCCCUUCCUGCGGAUGGUCCCCUCAUGGCCUGUGUGAGGAGAACCUCUCCUCAAGAGUGCAUCAGGGCCAUUUCGGACAGUGAGGCGGAUGCCGUGACGCUGGAUGCGGGUCAUGUGUUCGAGGCCGGCCUGGCGCCCUACAACCUGAAGCCUGUGGUGGCAGAGUACUAUGGCUCCCAAGCGGAUAAACAGACCCACUAUUAUGCUGUGGCAGUGGUGAAGAAGACCAGCAACUUCCAGUUUAAUGAGCUCCAAGGCAAGAAGAGCUGCCACACGGGCCUGGGCCGCUCCGCCGGCUGGAACAUUCCCGUCGGCCUGCUAUACUGGCAGCUGCCUCAGCCACAUGACUCUCUGCAGAAAGCGGUGGCCAGUUUCUUCGGGGGCAGCUGUGUCCCGUGUGCCGACGGAAAGACCUUCCCCAAGCUGUGCCAGCUGUGUGCGGGCGCAGGAGCUGACAAGUGCGCCUGCUCCACCCACGAGCCCUACUACGGCUAUGCGGGCGCCCUCAAGUGUCUGGCUGAUGAUGCCGGGGAAGUGGCCUUUGUCAAGCACUUGACAGCACUUGAGAGUCCCGACAAAGACAAGUAUGAGCUGCUGUGUCCCGACAACACCCGGAAGCCAGUGGACCAAUACAAGGACUGCCACCUGGCCCACGUCCCUUCCCACGCUGUGGUGGCCCGAAGCAUGGGCGGCAAAGAGGACCAGAUCUGGGAGCUUCUCAACUAUGCCCAGGAACAUUUCGGUAGAGGAAAGUCAGGAGAGUUCCAGCUCUUCAGCUCUCCUCACGGGAAGGACCUGAUGUUUAAGGACUCCACCCAGGGCUUCCUGAGGGUACCCGCCAAGAUGGACACCUGGCUGUACCUGGGCUACAUGUAUGUCACCAGCGCUCGGAAUGUGAGGGAGGACACACGCCCGGAUCCCCCAAAUGAAUGCAAGAAGGUGAAGUGGUGUGCAGUGGGUCACCAUGAGAGGGCCAAGUGUGAUGAGUGGAGUGUAAACAGCGGAGGCAGAAUUGAGUGCGAAUCAACAGAGUCUACAGAGGACUGCAUUGCCAAGAUUGCGAAAGGAGAGGCUGACGCCAUGUCCUUGGAUGGAGGCUAUCAGUACAUAGCGGGCAAGUGUGGGCUGAUGCCCGUCCUGGCAGAGAACUACAAAACCCAAGAUGCUGGCUGUACAAACACAGCAGAAAAAGGGUAUCUUGCGGUGGCAGUGGUUAAAGCAUCAUCUGGUAUUACCUGGAACUCUCUGCAAGGCAAGAAGUCCUGCCACACUGCAGUAGACAGAACCGCUGGCUGGAACAUACCUAUGGGUCUGCUCUACAACAGGAUCAACCACUGUAAAUUUGAUGAAUUUUUCAGUCAAGGCUGUGCCCCUGGCUACCGGCAGAAUUCCACUCUCUGUGAGUUGUGUGCUGGCUCAGAAAGUGUUCCAGGAAAGAAGUGUGUCCCCAACAACCAUGAGAGAUACUAUGGCUACACCGGGGCUUUCAGGUGUCUGGUUGAGAGAGGAGAUGUGGCCUUUGUCAAAGACCAGACUGUCCUGCAGAACACUGGGGGAAAGAACACUGAUGCCUGGGCUAAGGAUCUGAAGCAGGAAGACUUCCGGCUGCUGUGUACUGAUGGCUCCACAAAGGCUGUGACUGAGGCUGAGAGCUGCCACCUUGCCAGAGGCCCAAAUCAUGCUGUGGUUACGCGGAAAGAUAAGGCAGCUUGCGUUCGCCAGAUGCUACUUGACCAGCAGGCCGAGUUUGGAAGAGGCUCUGACUGUUCCGGCAAGUUCUGUAUGUUUCACUCAGAAACCAAGGACCUUCUGUUCAGGGACGACACAUUAUGUCUGGCCAAACUUCCAGAUUCAGCAACCUAUGAAAGCUACUUAGGAAGUGAGUUUGUCCAGGCCACCGCUAACCUGAAACAGUGCUCCACUUCACAACUCCUGGAAGCCUGCACUUUCCACAGAGUUUAAGACCCAAAAAAAGGGGCCACCAGCAGCUGGAGAUGAAGCUCACAUGUACCCCAGCUUUCCUCUGACUUCCUUGCCUAGACCAUGUGGCUGCCUCCAUGGAGUGGAGGUGGCAUCUCUAGAGGACAUCAAAUAAAAGUCAUUGAUUUAUCUUUUAAAAA